AUGAUCAAGAAACUGUGUGUGCUCUGUGCCUCUACACCUUGUAUCCCGCAACCUGUCUUCCACUGCUUUUGCACGAAAUCAACUUUGUUAGUUUACUGUCGUCCACAAUCCUUGCAAGCUUUUGGAUUUAAAUCUGGAACUCUCAUGACUCAGUCCAAGAAAACCUCCCGCUACGUUUCAUAUUGGACAACUGAAGAUGUUGUGAAGUGGAUGCACAAAUAUGCUGGGGUAGAAGGUGAAAAGUAUGCUUCCGUAUUUGAGCAAAAUGGAAUCAAUGGUAAACUUACUUUUUUACACACGAGCUUUAGGGCACUGUUUACGUAUCAUGACGGACGAGUGGGCAGUACGAAUUGGCGUGUCGGAUCCGACUGA